UAACCAGGCUAUGCUACAGUGACAGACAGUAGCUCCAGUCCAGAGCGACCUGACAAAUCCGAUUAGCGCUGUUUUCACCGUUUGUUCCCUCAAUCUAUUUUGGUUUUACGCAGCUACAGCCUGAACGAUGCGAUUUUGCGAUUUUCCAUUUUGUAUAUACAUUUUCUUGUCAUUUGGGGCCUUUGGAACACUUUCUGGAAGUUUGAGGCAUUGCAACGUGGGUUUAUAGAUUUAUUUCUGGUUGGUGAGUCCAUCUGAGUGAGUGGAAGGUGCUAGUCUGCUGCUUUGCAGCGCGCUGCGUGGACAGGACUCCAAACUUUUCCCUGCACGUCCGUGGUAAACUUGGAUUACCUCUCUCGCUCCUCCACAUCUACUUCCUCUCUCUCAUUUCCUGUCCAACUCUCUUUGAAAAUAUGAGAGAUGUCACAGAUAUAACAUCAACAACAACGAUCACUUAUUGAAAUCUACAGCGAGAAGGGGUCUCACGGAAAAUGCAGAAGAGCGUGCGAUAUAAUGAGGGCCACGCUCUAUAUCUGUCGGUUGUCGCGCGCAAAGAGGGCACAAAACGCGGUAUCCUGAGCAAGAAGUCUACGGAGAACAGUCGGUGGAACGACAAGUACUUCGCUCUCUACCAGAAUGUGCUCUUUUACUUCGACAACGACCAGAGCACGCGGCCCUCUGGGAUCUAUUUGCUGGAGGGGUGCACGUGCGAGAGGGUUCCCGCGCACAAAGGCUCCGCUGUCAACAAGGAGACCGUGGACAAGCAGCAGCACUACUUCCUGGUGGUGUUUGGCCAUGACGGUCAGAAGCCUCUGGAGCUGCGGACAGAGGAGGAGUCAGAAUGCAACAAGUGGGUGGAGUAUAUCCAACAGGCCAGUUACUCUGACAUCAUCAUUGAACGCGAGGUCCUGAUGCAGAAGUACAUCCACCUGGUCCUGAUCAUGGAGACAGAGAAGGUGGCAGCCAACCAGCUACGCACCCAGCUAGAGGACCAGGACACAGAGAUAGAGAGGCUGAAAGCAGAGAUCGUACUGUUGAAUAAGGAAAAGGAAAGGAUGCUGCCUUGGCAGACUAAUCAAGAGGAGGAGGAUCCAGACAUUAAAAAGAUCAAAAAGGUCCAGAGUUUCAUGCGAGGCUGGCUGUGUCGGAGGAAGUGGAAGAUCAUUGUUCAGGACUACAUCUGUUCUCCACAAGCUGAGAACAUGAGGAAGAGGAACCACAUCGUAUUUAACAUGGUGGAGGCAGAGACAGAGUACGUAUGCCAGCUCUCUGUCCUGGUCAACUUCUUCCUCAGACCACUACGUAUGGCCGCCAGCUCCAAGAAACCUCCCAUCAGCCACGAUGACGUCAGCAGCAUCUUCCUCAACAGUGAGACCAUCAUGUUCCUCCAUGAGAUCUUCCACCAGGGGCUGAAGGCUCGGAUAGCCAACUGGCCCACUCUGGUGCUGGCGGACCUGUUUGACAUUCUGCUGCCCAUGCUGAAUAUCUACCAGGAGUUUGUGAGGAACCACCAGUACAGCCUGCAGGUCCUGGCCAACUGUAAACAGAACAGAGACUUUGACAAGCUGCUGAAGCAGUAUGAGACUAAUACUGCCUGUGAGGAACGCAUGCUGGAGACCUUCCUCACAUACCCCAUGUUUCAGAUUCCUCGUUACAUCAUCACUCUCCAUGAGUUGCUGGCACACACACCUCAUGAGCACGUGGAGCGCAAGAGCCUGGAGUUCGCCAAGUCCAAACUAGAGGAGCUGUCAAAGAUGAUGCAUGAUGAGGUGAGCGAUACAGAGAACAUUCGUAAGAAUCUGGCCAUUGAGAGAAUGAUCGUAGAAGGCUGUGACAUAUUACUGGAUACCAGCCAGACCUUUGUCAGACAGGGCUCUCUGAUCCAGCUCCCAUCCAGCAAUGAACGGGGCAUGCUCAGUAAGGUCCGUCUGGGCUCUCUGUCACUCAAGAAGGAAGGAGAGCGACAGUGUUUCCUGUUUACAAAACACUUCCUUGUCUGCACACGCACCUCCGGGGGCAAGCUGCACCUGAUCAAACAGGGCGGGAUGUUGACCCUGAUAGAAUGUACACUUGUAGAGGAGCUGGACGCCAAUGAUGAGGACUACAAUGCAGGAAGUCAGGGCUUCAACCACCUGGAGUUUAAGAUCAUGGUGGAACCCCCUGAUGGCCCCGCCUUCUCUGUCAUCCUAUUGGCUCCCUCCCGCCAGGAGAAAGCUGGCUGGACCAGUGACAUCAGUCAGUGUAUAGAUAAUAUCCGCUGUAAUGGCCUGAUGACCAGUGUGUUUGAGGAAAACUCAAAAGUCACUGUGCCGCACAUGAUCAAGUCGGACGCACGGCUGCACAAAGAUGAUGUGGACAUCUGCUUCAGCAAGACGCUCAACUCCUGCAAGGUCCCCCAGAUCCGCUACGCCAGCGUGGAGCGGCUGCUGGAAAGACUGACUGACCUGCGCUUCCUGUCCAUCGACUUCCUCAACACCUUCCUCCACACGUACAGGAUCUUUACUACCGCUGCUGUGGUCAUGGACAAACUGGCCGACAUAUACAAGAAACCCUUUACCUCUAUACCGGUCAGGUCUCUGGAGUUGUUCUUUGCUACCAACCAGGGGACGUGGGGCGGCGAGCACUUCAACAACAAAUCUCCCCGUCUCUGUCGCAAGUUCUCCUCUCCUCCUCUCACCACCCCCUCCCUCACCUCCUCCCCUGUCCACUCCCGCAAACUCUCCCUCUCCUCCCCCUUCCACUCCCGCAAACUUUCCCUCUCCUCCCCCUUCUCCUCCAAGGCAGGAGUCCUAGACCUCUACACCCCUUCCUCCUCUGCUGCUAACUCCACCACCUCCUCCCACCCUCCCUCCUUCUCCUCCCCCCUGCCAACAAUCCCGGGGCUCUCCAACUCCCCUCACACCACCUCUGUGGACCAUUCUCCCGGUUCUCCGGAACCUGCCCCCCCAACGCUGGAAGACGGAGGAGGAGACAUGCCGCGCAUCGACGCCAGCUGUGGGAAACUCAGACGAGGCAUCCGCAGGGCUGUUCUGGAGACCGUUUCUCUGGAGAAGUUCCUUCCAGAGUCUAACCCUCAAGUCAGCGAGGAUCGAGUCCCCCUGACAGAGUCCCCCUGUCGCUCCCCCUCUACACACCGACACAUGCGAUACAGACAAUCUGGAGGUUCCACGGGGGAGAACAAUCGUGGUACGAUGUCACCAGCCUCAGCCUAUGCUAUUGCAACGGCAGCCGCCGGACACGGCAGUUCCCAGGGUUUCAAUAAUAGUGAAAGGACCUGUGACAAGGAGUUUAUCAUCCGUAGAGCUGCUACCAACAGAGUCCUCAAUGUACUGCGUCACUGGGUCUCCAAGCACUCACAGGACUUUGAGAUGAACAGUGAGCUAAAGAUGGGUGUAAUGACUAUACUGGAGGAGGUGCUACGAGACCCUGACCUGCUGCCUCAGGAGAGGAAAGCCACUGGCAACAUAGUAAGGGCCCUUUCUCAAGAUGAUCAAGAUGAUGCUCAACUUAAGAUAGAAGACAUCCUACAGAUGACGGAGUGUCCCAAAGCAGAGUGUUUUGAUUCUCUGUCUGCGAUUGAGCUGGCUGAACAGAUCACCCUGCUAGACCACAUUGUGUUCAGGAGCAUCCCUUACGAAGAGUUUCUGGGCCAGGGCUGGAUGAAGCUGGACAAGUUGGAGAGAACUCCAUACAUCAUGAAGACCAGUCAGCACUUUAAUGAUAUGAGUAACCUGGUAGCGUCUCAGAUCAUUGCCCAUACAGACGUGGGCUCCAGGGCUAACUCCAUAGAGAAGUGGUUGGCUGUGGCUGGUAUCUGUCGCUGCCUCAACAACUAUAAUGGAGUUCUGGAGAUCACCUCAGCUCUCAACCGCAGCGCCAUCUACAGGCUGAAGAAGACAUGGGCCAAAGUCUGCAAACAGACCAAGUCACUGAUGGGCAAGCUACAGAAGACAGUGUCAUCAGAAGGCCGAUUCAAGAACCUGAGAGAAACCCUAAAAAACUGCAACCCUCCAUGUGUGCCCUACCUGGGGAUGUAUCUGACUGACUUGGCCUUCAUCGAAGAGGCAACACCCAACUUCACUGAGGAGGGACUCGUCAACUUCUCCAAGAUGAGGAUGAUGUCUCACAUCAUCAGAGAGAUCCGUCAGUUCCAGGGUGCGCCCUACAGGAUAGAGCACCAAGCCAAGGUUACUCAGUUCCUGCUGGAUAGGACGCUGGUGAUGGAUGAAGACACUUUGUAUGAGCUGUCCCUGAAGAUUGAACCCCGCCUCCUUCAUGGCUAAACACACAGAAACACCACACAGUUGGUUUCACUCCAGCUGGCAUUUAGUGGCACUUAGUAUUUAGUAUUCUUAUUCUCAUCAGCUUGGUAACCAUGGAACCGAUGGACGGGAGAGCCCUGAGAAUCACCUGGUUUAGGGUUCUUGUUACUUUAGCAGCAUUGCCAAUGAACAACUCAUGUGAAGACGUGCCUUGCUUGUAAAUAUGUACAUAUCAAGAUGCUGUAAUAAACUGUAUUAGUGUAGUAA